CGCUUGGCGGCGCCACCGUCGCGAACAGUGCCGACGAAAUGGGUUAAAAUAUUAGAGACGCGUUUUUAGUACGCCUUAGAAAAUUUCCCUGAAUCGCGUAAACAGAAAUAUAAUGACUUCUCUGGAGGACAAGAUUCUGGGCGAGAAGUCGCACUAUUACUGCAGCAGUGACGAGGAGGAUGAGAGCAAUUCAGUGCGCGUCGUGCGUGACGAUGUGGACAAGCCGCCGCCCUGCCCUCCAGGCGGUGGCGGCGGCACGACCAACACGGGCCCCAAGGGCGUGAUCACGGAUUGGCGUGAGUACAAGAAGAUGCUGGCCGAGGCACGCUCGGCGGACGAGCAGGAGCGCCUGGAGCAGCUGCAGAAGAUGUCCUCGAUGGGCAAGACGAAGGCGGAGGACGAGAAGGCGCGCGCAGACGCCGAACUGGAGGCUGAGCUGGCCGAGCUGAUGAAUGACGAGAGCAUCCUGGCCUUCCAGCGCCAGCGAGUGCUGGAAAUCACAGCCAAGAUGGGCGUCCGCAGCACCUUCGGCCAACUGAUCCGUCUGCAGAGCGCCGAGGAGUUCCUGCAGGCCGUGGAGGAGGAGCAGCACUCCACUGUGAUUGUGCACAUCUUCGAGAACAACGUGCCGGCGUGUCGACGGCUCAACCAGUGCCUGGAGGAGCUGGCCAAGGAGAUGCCCACCGUGAAGUUCUGCAGCAUUCUCAGCAGCCACGCAAGAGUGAGUCUCAAGUUCCGGAACGCGGCGCUGCCCACAAUUCUGGCGUACAAGAAGAAUCAGAUCAUCGGGAACUUUGUGCAGCUGGUGAGCGAGCUGGGCGAUGACUUUUGCUCGUCAGAUGUGGAAAACUUCCUGAUAGAGCGGGGAAUUAUCGUGGAGAAGGAGAUUCAGUAUAAUUGCUAUCAAAAUGUUCAGAAGUAGAUUAAGGAAUAAGAAAAGAUGCGAAUGUCA